UACAAACUCAGCAUGGAGCUCAGGGACAAAUACAGCAAAACCUCAGGGACAAAUACCGCAAACCUCGGGGACUAAAUCGAUAGACAUAUUUGUUUUCUAUGACCCCUAGAAUUCCCAUAUUAUACGAACUACCCCAUUUCCAGAAUCUGACAAAUUUUCGAUUUCAGCUCGAAAAGGAGGCAAACAACCAGAGCCCGCGAAACACACACAACACGCACACUUAAUGUGAGAAUGGAGGUCUCGACUCUACCCAUUUCUGCAUCACAUAGAGGAAAGCUGAUAUCGUCAGGCUACACGUCUCUCUCCUCUUUAUCCUCCGUGUCUCCUUCCCGUUUAGCUCAAGAUUUGAAGAUUUCGGAAAAUGAAGCGGUGGAGAUUUUGAAAGUUGUAUCGCGAAGGAGUGGGUCAGAAAAAAUUGAGAACGGAAAUCAUGCUAUUAUGAAUGGAGCACAGACUGCCUGGGAUAUGCUGCAUGAGGAGGAAUCUUCUGUAUGCAUCACUACAUCUUGCUCAGAUUUGGAUGUAAUACUAGGUGGAGGAAUUCACUGUAAAGAAGUAACUGAGAUUGGUGGAGUGCCUGGCAUUGGGAAAACGCAACUUGGGAUUCAACUUGCUGUAAAUGUCCAAAUUCCAUCUGGUUAUGGCGGCCUUGGAGGGAAAGCAAUUUAUAUAGAUACAGAAGGCAGUUUUAUGGUGGAACGUGCUUUACAAAUUGCAGAGGCAUGUGCUCAGGAUAUGCUAGAAUACGAUAACUUGCUGAGGAAGGAUUCCCAAGCGUGUAGAGUAAUUAAACAGCCAAAAGCUUUCCUUGAAAAUAUAUUCUACUUCCGUGUAUGCACUUAUACAGAGCAAAUUGCGGUGAUAAAUUACUUGGAGAAGUUUAUCUCUGAGCAGAAGGACGUUAAGGUUGUGAUUGUUGACAGCAUUACUUUCCACUUCCGUCAAGAUUUUGAGGACAUGGCUCUUAGGACUCGGCUACUUGGUGGAAUGGCCUUAAAACUGAUGAAACUUGCAAAACAGUUCAAAUUGGCGGUAGUCCUGUUAAAUCAAGUAACCACAAAGUACAAAGAAGGUUCAUUCCAGUUAACUCUCGCUCUUGGUGACAGUUGGUCACAUGCUUCUACAAACCGGAUCAUAUUGCACUGGAAUGGCGAUGAGAGGUAUGCAUACCUCGAUAAAUCACCUUCUCUGCAAUCAGCAUCAGCUCCAUAUGCUGUGACAGGCAAAGGCAUCCGAAAUGCAGCUCCAAACUGUAAAAGAGUUAAGUUAAUGUAGGCAUUCGCUUAGAGAACGAGCAGCAGACAUUCUUUCUCUUGGAUGAGGUAAUCAAGGAAGACCUUGCCUUUAACUGGUUAUCGCAACCUAGAAUGGUUGCUAAUUAUUUGACGCAUGCUUUUCAGGGUAAAGCAUUUGGUCUUUCUAUACAUCCCUUCUCUUAGACUUGUUUCACUAGUAAAUGUGCUUAUAGAUAUGCUUAUGCAUCCUGUUUUAAGUUGUUAAAAGCCUCCAUAUGUGAGUGGUAGUCUAGUAGUUGUUAUUAUGCAAGUAAACUGCUUAUUGACAAAAUAUUCCAUGAGCAAUGGAUUCUGCCACUCUAACUUGGAGAUCUUGUAUAAUCUUGGAUUUCACUCUGCA